GCAGUCCAUAUGCAGGUCACACAACUGGUGGCCAUUUUGAACGAGGUCCAUGUUAAAACCAGUGUGAAAUGUGGCUGGGAGCCACAUGCCAGUCUAUGAGUCCUAUUUCAAACAGGCUGAUACAAGUGGAAGUGGAAACAUUGGUGCCCGAGAGGCUGUUGUGUUUCUGAAAAAAUCUGGGUUGAAGGAAUCGACCUUAUCAAAGGUCUGGGAUUUGUCAGACCAAGCCAAGAAAGGCUUCUUAGAUAAACAGAGUUUUUUUGUUGCAUUAAAAUUGAUAGCCAUGUCCCAGAAUGGCAUGGAACUGAACCUGGCUAAUCUUGGGGUGCAAUUGGCAGCUCCAAAUAUGGGUGAUGCAGGCAGCCCAGCAAAUGUUCCUCAAGGAGGUGGAGGGGGCAAUUGGCUUGUUACACCAACUGAGAAAGCCCGCUAUGACCAGAUAUUCAAUGGUUUACAGCCUGUCAACAACAUUUUACCUGGAGAUAAAGUCAGACCGGUGCUACUCAACUCCAAGCUUCCUGUCGAAGUGCUAGGAUUGGUCUGGGAACUGAGUGACAUUGACAAAGAUGGCUGCCUAGAUCGAGAUGAAUUUGCUGUGGCCAUGUAUCUUGUGUAUCGAGCUCUGGAGAGUGGUGAGCCCGUUCCGAAAGUGCUUCCUGAUGCCUUGAUACCUCCAACGAAGAGAAGGAAGACCAGCAUAAAGUUGGCUGGAUCCGUGCCGGUUCUACCAUCGUUACCUGUUGGUGACAGGACUAGUCCAAAUCUAGUCUCAUCGUCACCUAUUUUGAAUAAGACGGUUGGCAUAAAGCCAGUCCAUUGGGUAGUUAGCACAACGGAUAAGGCAAAAUAUGACGUGAUGUUCAAGAAAGCUGACACAGAUAUGGACGGGCUUGUCAGUGGCCUUGAGAUUCGUGACAUUCUUAUGGGUAGUGGCUUAUCGCAGCCAGUGCUGGCUCAUAUAUGGAAUCUCUGUGAUAUUAAAGGAACAGGAAAAUUGAAUCAUGAGCAGUUUGCACUUGCCAUGCUGCUGGUCAAUCAGAAAAUUAACGGAAUUGAUACACCCCAGCGCCUCACCCCAGAGAUGGUACCACCGUCAUUGCGUGGGGUAACCACUGAGAUGGAUAUGGACGUCGCGAGUAGUGCAAUAACAAACAGUAGUAGUUUUGGGGAGAUUGCAAUCCACAGCUCCGGGAGUAAAGAACUUGAAGCCAUCACCAAAGAAAUUGAUGACCUGAAAAAGGAGAAGAUGCUGUUGGAACAGGAGAAAGCUCAAAAAGAUGCCGACAUGAAAAUCAAGAGUGGAGAUCUACAAACCUCCCAGAAAGAAUUAGAUGCCAUCACUGCUACGGUUCAUCAGUUGGAAACUCAGAGGGGAGAGGCGCAGAAGAGGUUGGAUGAAUUAGAUGAUAAGCGAUCAAACUUGGAGAAUAAUUUGCACGAUUUGAAGGAAAAGUCAGAUGAUGAACAAAGACAGGUUGAAAGUAUCAAAAGUCAAAUAGCUAGUCAGGAAUACACAAUAAAGAACCAGGAAGAAGAGUUACAGAAAAUGCGCUCGGAGCUGAACACACUGCGGCAGGAGGAAUCAAGUUACGAGCAGAAGAUCGAGGCAGCGAAACUUCAGCUUGAGGCCGUCAUGAAAUCUUGCAAAGAAUCACAGCAGUCGAUAUCACAGACAAAAAGCCUUCUUCAAGAGCUGAAGGAUGAGGAGCAGAAUGUUGAACAAAAUAUGACUAAUGUGUCGUUACCAAACGGCGAUACCUCACUCGCAGAGUCAUUAAACUCGGACAUGGACAUGUUCAGUGCAAAAGCAACAAUUGGCAGUUCUAGUCCUGCAGGCAGUAGCUUAAGUGCAUUUAGUGCUAGUUUCGGACCAGCCCCCACUUCUGACAAUUUCAAGGAAGACCCCUUCGUCGACAAGGUUGGGUUUCCGGCCGAAAAUAUUGACCCUUUUGGAAAUGAAGAUCCUUUUAAGGAUGCCGUUACACAGGAAGAGGAUCCUUUUAAAGGAGAAGAUCCAUUUCAAUCUGAGUUUGCAGCUGAUCCAUUUGGUGAGAGUGAUCCAUUCAAAGAUGCCUUCUCAUCAAAUUCGCCUGCUCCAGUUCCAGCUCCUGUAGCCAAGGCACCUGAUCCUGACCCUUUUGCUGAUCAUUUUGCCGCUAAAGCUCGAUCUUCAACAAGUUCAGAUCCCUUCUUUGCUGAUCCUUUUGGAGAUAUGUCUGCUUCUUCAAAUUCAUUCGCUUCGGCUCAAGGUGGCCUGGACCCUUUCGGUGUCGAUCCUUUUGGCGGUGACAAUUUCAACCCCUCUUCUCCAAGAGCAAGUCCUAUGCAAAAAAGCUCAGCAUCGCCAAUGUCUUCAAAAAAGAAAAAUCCACCAGCACGUCCUGGUCCACCACAAUCACGACCUGGUCCACCCAGACCUGCUCCUCCUAGGCCUAAGAAGGGACCGAGCCCUGUGCCCCCAAACCGAGGCCCCAGCCCAACCCCACCGCGACCUGCUAAGGGCCCUACCAAGAAACCUGCAAGUCCUCGCCCGCCAUCAGGUGCCAGUGAUCCAUUCGGCGGCAGUGAUCCAUUUGGUGGUAGCGAUCCUUUUGGGGGAAGUGAUCCUUUUGGUGGUAAAGAUGACCCAUUUAGUGGUUCGGCUAGUGCAAAAACGGGUGGCGAUGGCUUUGCAGAUUUUGGGGAUGCAUUCGGUGAUUUUAGUUCCAAGCAGACGGAGGUCGAAUCUAAAAAGAAGAGUUCCACCGAAGAGCAGCAGCUUGCCUGGGCACAUCAAGACAGUAAACGAAUAGCAGAUGAGAGAAAACGUGCACAGGAACAGGAACAGGCCGACUUAGAAUUAGCAAUCGCACUAAGCAAGGCAGAUAGAUGAGUCUCCUAAAAGGGCUAGCAAAUACUUACAUGUAAAUUAGAACAUUCUUGAUGUGUGGAAGGAAUUGAUGUGAUUUGAGUUUUGCUUGUGUUCAUGAAUGUAGAUUGAUGAGUCUAUUCUGUGAAAGACAUUGAGACUUGUCGGGGGCAGAUCUAGGAGUCCGAGAAAGGAGGCAGAGUAGGUUGAAAACCACUGGUUAUGCAAGGAUGAUUGGUACCAGAUAUUCGGUCCUUGCAAUACAUGUAUUCUGAGUGCAUCUCUUUUGUUCUAAUCAUAUCAUUCAAGGGAUAGGAGGUUAAGGUUAAGGUGGUACAGUAAUCUUGGCUAUACUUGUGCGACUUUACCUUACAUGUAGAGACAGAUUGCUGAAAUAUUAUUGAGGAGACUGCUGCUUACAAUAUUUAUCAGCGGCAGAAUUUUGAUAUGUUUAACUUGUUUGGUGCUACAAUAUGUAAUAUGCAUAAAUCAUUGAAAUUAUGACAUUUCAAAAUGAUGUUAUUGUUGUGAGUGUAAGAAUGGUGUCAUUUAUUGAAAAUAGUGUGUUUAGAUUUGUGGUUUAGAAUAUCUUGGUUGUCUCACCCAUUGAAAUCUUCAAAAUUGUAGAAAUUUAGGAAUACUUCUCGAAUCUAUCUUGUCAUUUGUCAAGAUCUUAUUCAUACUGGAGACAACAGAUGUUGUAGAAAAGUUUUGGUGAUGUCAUAAAAUUGGCAGUUAAAGUUGCCAAAAGGUGUCGAUCUUGUUCACAUUGGCGCUGAGAGACUUCUUUUCGUCACAAAUUGAUGUUGAGUUUAUGGUGUUGCAACAUCAUUUACGUCCUUUUGGCUUCAUGUUACAUGUAUGUUGAGGUUUGUCAAUUGACAUUUAUAAAAUGUGGAGGGAAAUUCCACAUUACGCUGUCGGGAAGUAUUGUUUACUCGGUGGGUCAACUUUAGCUAGGAUAAUAAGGAUUGUAGGAUUGGGAUGUAGUUAGAGGAGACCGCCCUCUUAAUAUUAUUAGCUGAGUUAUCUGUGUUUAAUCAGGAGUCAUACUAUUCCUAAAUGUUUUAUAAUUCCAGUGGCUGAAGAUGAUAAAUUGUAACUAAAGCCAAGAUGAUUUAAUGAGUACAUUAUCAUAUAUUUCCGUGUAAAUGUGUGUAUGAAUGUUAGUUGCACAGGUGUAUACACACCAGUCUUGAAAUAUUGAAACAGCUCUUAAAUGAUAGAGAGGUUUUACAGCAGUUUCACUGAGAGCAAGAAUGUAGUGAGUGCAAUACUUUAUGCAUUAGGCAGUCAGUGGAUGUGUCUUUGGCACGUUUUUACCCAGUGCAACUCGGCAAGUGCAAACACUAAUUGGUAGUUUUUCUGAAAAUGGCCAUUGGUUACAAAGUUGUUGCAUUCUCCUCUCCAAUUUUAAGGGCAAUUUGCGUGUACAUUUAUUUCAUAAAGCAAUCUGGUCAUCAGUCCUUUGAUAGAUAAACAACCAUAGAUCUGUGUAUGUAGUUGCAUAUGUAGAUAUGAUGUACAUAUUGUAUAGUAUUCAGAACAGAAGGUCUAGUAGAACAGCAGUCUGGCUCAUUCGAAGGCCCUGCAUCUAUUCGUAUUUCUAUGAAAUUGGAAAGAAUUCAAGAAUUUUAGACAGGCCUGGUUGGGCGGAUGCAUGGAUGAGAAAAAGGGGGCACCCUGUCCUCAUUUUUUAGAAUUCUGUGGUAACUAAAAAGACGUAUCUGAACUAGGGGGGUCAGUUGGGCUGGGAUAUCACCCCUUGUAUUCUGCCUGGCUUUGCUGACCGCCGAAUUUGAAUAUUGUUAAGUUCAGCUUAGUGGGGACAGAAGCUAUGCUUUUGACCCUUGCUUCAUGUAUUUCACCUCUACAGACUUGUCUCAGGAGUGACUACCUGGGACAUCCACUCAUGAUGGAUGGAUGCUGAUAUAUCUAAUGUGUGGCCAUAUGUACAUUAUAUAAGUGUAUAUCUGACAGUAGUAUUAAGUGUAAUAUAAUGUAAAUCUUUCUAAA